UAUAUUUAGCUCACUUGAAUUUCUUCACCUCAAUAUUUCCUCUGCUCUCCCUGAUAUGGGAGUUAUGGCAUGCCCACCAUCUUUUCACUCAAAGAAUGGCUCUCAAUCCGAGUCCAAUCCCCAUGAAUCAGAGUCAAAUUUCCUUCUUUCCCUGCCAAGCCUGAAAUCGGUUCCUUCUCUUACCUUACAACCCCACCAGCAACAACCCUCUCUUUCCAUUUCCAACACCCACCAUCGCUUCCUACCCACUCUCAAAGGCCAUAACUCCCCCAUAUCCUCUCUCACCCUUGCCGGAAAACUCCUCUACACCGGCUCUUCCGACGGAGAAAUCCGAUCCUGGAAGCGCAACCCUUACCAAUCUGAAUCCGAUCAGGGGAGUAGUACAAUUCUAAACAACCUGGUUGCUUCUGGGGAGGGUGCAGUGAAAUCCCUGGUUGUUCAGGCUGACAAAAUCUUUAGCGCUCAUCAAGAUCGUAAAAUCCGGGUAUGGAGAAUCAACAACAGCCAUGAAACUGAUCAUCGUAAUCAAAAGUACACGCACUUAGCCACACUCCCAACGCUUGGUGACCGUGCCUUGAAACUCCUGAUGCCCAAGAACCAGGUUCAGAUACGUAGGCACAAAAGUUGCACCUGGGUCCAUCACGUUGAUGCUGUGUCUGCACUUGCUUUGUCGAAAGAUGAGUCGUUCCUCUACUCCGUUUCUUGGGAUCGGACGCUCAAAAUCUGGCGAACAAAGGACUUCAAAUGCUUAGAAUCCCUGACAAACGCACAUGAUGAUGCGAUUAACGCGUUGGCAUUAUCACACGAUGGACAUGUCUAUACAGGUUCGGCUGACAGGAAAAUCAAGGUGUGGAAGAAAACCUCAGAAGAUCAGAACAAACAUUCUCUUGUAGCUACACUGGAGAAACAUAAUUCGGGGAUUAAUGCAUUGGCUCUGAGCAGUGAUGGAUUUGUGUUGUACUCGGGUGCAUGCGACAGAUCCAUACUGGUUUGGGAGAAGGGUGGUGGCAGCGGCGGCAUGGAGGUUGUGGGAGCGCUUAGAGGCCACAAAAACUCCAUAUUGUGUUUGGCUGUUGUGUCUGAUCUGGUUUGCAGUGGCUCGGCAGAUAGAACUGUAAGGAUUUGGAGACGAUUGAGUAGAAAUUACAAUUGUUUGGCAGUCUUGGACGGGCACAGAGGCCCUGUCAAGUGCUUGACUGCAGCAAUUGAUCAUCGCUGCAACGCAUCUGAGAAAGUUUACCUCGUUUACAGCGGUGGUUUGGACUGUGACAUUAUGGUUUGGCAGAUUUUAGUUCCUAGCUAGUGAUUCCUUGGAGGACAAUGUUAGAAUUUAAAAAGCUCAACACACUAUGAUUCAAGUUUUGCACUGCUUUUUAAUCUGUUCGAAGUCCGGGCAGCAGCUUCAUGUAUUAGCAAAUAUAGCAGCAACAUGCAUGUUGUUUCACCUUGUCAUUAAAGACAGCAUGGUAGAAGCUUCGUUAAUUGUCUUACCAGAAAGCUGAGAGAGAGAGAGAGAGAGAGAGAGAUUACCUACAUAUAUUAUAUGCAGAAAGCUUUUCAUACCUGUCCUGAUCUUUCUAUGGGUGUUGAUAAGCCAGAGGAGCUCUUUGUUGUCAUCCAUGGAUUAAUAGAUCAAAUAUAAGGUCUAAAUUAAUGAAGCUCGCAUGAUUCCA